UAUCCACGGAAACUUUGUGAAACCGUCAAGAACAUUCGACAUGAUUGGUAUAGUUCAACGAAGUGAACUUUUAAUUCUUCUGAAUAUAAGCUUACGUUGUACAUUACGUAUAUAGAGGUACGAAUAUGUGGCAUGCGCAUGUGGUAUGUGCGUAUGUUGCAGUGUGUAGGUGUAUUCGUCUGCAUACACCAGGACAAUGCUAUCAUGGGCGUAAAGACCGACCAAUAGGAGAGAGGGGCGUAGCUCGCUGGGAGGGAGGGAUGUACCACAGUACAUAAACCCCGGCACCGGUUAGAAGGAGGUCAGUCGCAUCCCAGCCAUUGCAACGCGCAGCGAACUCAAGCGGCUUCCCUCUACGCCACCUCCUCGUGCAGAAGACACCGCUGUCACACAUCUCUCCCCCUCGAUCUGCAGCAGCUAUGGUAGCGUGGCAGGUGAUGCUGGCGGUGGUCUGCUUGGCGAUCGCCCCUACAAUGGCCCAGAUCACCUUCUCCCGUUCUUGGGUGCCUCAGGGCAAGAGGUCCGGGAGUGGCGGGUCCCUCGUCAACGCUCCAGGGGCUCCUGACCUAACAAUUGACCCCUGCAGGGACGUCAGACUGACCACUCUCACCCAGGUUGCCUCACAUCUGGUUGAACUGAUGGACGAUGCCUCUGAAGGGACACAAGACGAUGCUCUUCGUCUCAAACAUGCUCUUGUUGCCCGGCGCCAAAGAAUGUUAUAGAUCUGAUAAAGAAGCAGCAGGCACUAUGGCAGUCUACCUCAACCUGAGACUUUACCGUCAAGCUUCAACCUUACACUGUUUACCGUCAAGCUUCAAUCUAACACUGUUUACCGUCAAGCUUCAACCUUACACUGUUUAUCGUCAAGCUUCAACCUUACACUGUUUACCGUCAAGCUUCAACCUUACACUGUUGACCGUCAAGCUUCAACCUUACAAGUGUAUAACUCACAUCUGAAGCUCAAGUUUACCCACCAGUGUGUAUGCUAUUUACUUCACCUAACACUGCGUAUAUGGGCGUACCACGAGUACUUUAACGCCCCAUAAUAUAACCUUGAUCAAAUAUAAAAUUUAUUAAAAGAUAGACCAAACAGCAUCUGAUUAACAGUUUAAUGAAACACCUUUGUAUUGAUGAUCUUCAUUACAGAAUAAAGUUAUAUUAAUAAUAUUUGUU